UUGGACGACACAGUGCCACCUAGUGGAGAGCCAAUAACAGUUCUUGUGGCUUUUACGCAGAGGCAAGGCGGCGUUGACUGCUGUGUCCCUUCGCUUCUUGCCCAUUUUAGUCAAUGCCUGUCAGCUCCAUGGAAUGCGCUACUCACACUGAGCAGUCCCCCAACCUCUCCACUGACUUACAUUUAUAGCCGCACGCUCCGCGACCAUUGUUUUUUCUUGCCUCGAAAAUCAGCUCAGGCAUACGUGGAAUCCACGACGUCUCACUUUACUGGUGCGCCGGUUUCUCUCUCCAGUCUCCGGUGAGCGCAGGGCAGGAUGUCAGCCACGCCAGACUUAACCACCGUGUACUACACGACAUUGGCCCCGUUAUUGUCCGACGCGCCACACAUUGACAUCGCACCAGCGGCUGCCGAGCCCAACGUAACGUCUUGUGAACAAUGGGAGGAGGCCCAUCACCUGCUGUUCCACCUGGGCAACCUGAGUCUACUGGCUGGACUGGUCAUCCCCACCACACUGGCGCUGCACAUGAUUCUCCUCAGAGUGCUCCUAAUGACAGGAUGUGGUUUCUUCAUCGCCUGGGCAACGCUCUACCGAUGCACCUUGGAUAUUAUGGGCUGGAAUGUGGUCUUCCUCAUCGUGAACUUCCUACACCUGUUCUUCCUGUUGUACAAGCGCAGACCAAUCAAGAUCGACAGGGAGCUGAGGUCGGUGUACAAGCGCAUGUUUGAGCCGCUGCACGUGCGGGAGGCGUUGUUCCAGAGGCUGACGGGCCAGUUCUGCACCAUCGAGAGCCUGAGGAAGGGAGAGGUGUACGCUGUGGAGGACAAGACCUCCGUGGACGAGCGCCUCAGCAUCCUGCUCAAGGGCAAAAUGAAGGUGACCUACCGUGGUCAUUUCCUCCACAAUAUCUACACCAAUGCCUUCAUCGACUCCCCUGAGUUCCGCUCGACACAGAUGCACAGAGGAGAGCGCUUCCAGGUGACCAUUACGGCGGAGGAGAACUGCAAGUACCUGAAGUGGUCCAGAGAGAGGCUGACCUACUUCCUGGAGUCGGACUCCUUCCUGAACGAGGUCUUCCGCUACCUCAUCGGCAAGGACAUCACCAACAAGCUCUACUCCCUCAACGACCCCACACUGAGCGACAAGGCGGUGAAGAAGAUGGACCGCCAGCCGAGCCUGUGCUCCCAGCUGUCCAUGACCCAGAUGAGGAACAGCAUGGCCAGCACCGGCGACAACGACGAGGUCCUGCACCAGAUCCUGCGCGGCUCGGGGGGCUCCUCACUGCAGAGAUCGCCGCUGCCUAAAACCUCGACGAUGAAGCCCAUUGAGGAGGCGCUGGAGGAUGACGUGUUUGAGUCCGACACCCCCACCCACACAGACCACCACGCACAUGGCACUUCCCACGAGGAGGUCUGACCUAUUGUGAUGUCACAAUGGCCUAUUGUGAUGUCAUAAUGAUGUCCCUACCCAUCCCGCACAGUACAGAAACUCACCAUCUUUGAAAUCACAGAUGUGGGGGGCAGAGCAUCUCUACUGAUGUCAUGUGGAUGCCCCUGUGAUCAA